UUGUUCAUUCGUUCCUUCACAACUCACAUAUCCCUUUGCCUACUUUCAUAGAUCUCGGAUUGUUUGAGGUUCAGGGGAAAUUUGUAAUCCAGUGUGUAGUCCAAUCAAGAUACUCAACAUGUAUGGGAGAAAAGCUUGCCAACUUGUGAAAGAAUUUGCAAGUGGAGAAAAGGGCCAGCUCACACCAUUUAAUAAUGACUUGUUUGACCAAGUAGUUGCAGAAUGCAGCCAACACCACGGUGAGCUCCAGUCCUUGAUAAGGAAGAUGCAGGAAGAAGGCUUGGAUGUCCAAACUGCUAGAAAUGCUGACCACUGCGGAGCCCUCAUCCACCUAUUUUCUAUAGUCCGAAAUAAACGUUGUCUAACAGCCUAUGUGUAUAACCGAGCAGAAACUAUACAGAACUUGUUAUGGAAGAUAGGGCCCGUGAUUCCUAAAGAAAUUGAAGAGAAGUUUGAUCAUUGGGAGGAAGAGUAUUUCAAGAAGCAUUCUUCAGCAUUGAAAUCUUAUAUGUCAAAAGUGCUGGUUGAUCUGACUGUGGAUAUGGUACCACCAAAAGAUCCAUACAUCCAAGUAAGGGUUCUUGAAGACAUAAGAGAAGGCAUAGUACUUACUGAUGAUAAGAAUCUCAAUUUUGCCCGCCAUUCAAUGCAUUUUCUGAAACGAACUGAUGCUGAGAAAUAUAUCCCACGGGGCUUAAUGGAGGAGCUCACCGGUUGACCUUCUAGUCCUUUAACUGGGACAAAAUGUAGAUGAAGAUGAGUAUUACAGCUUUACCUUCAUCAUUUUGAUGUAGGUUCUCUUGUUGGACCACCCACAAGUGUAUGUUUCAUGAAAGUACUCAUGUUGGUGGGAAUCCCGAGCUUUUUGGCCUAGCUCUGCCACCGAGUUGAGUGUGUUUUGUGUGCUGUCAAAGUGGAAACCUCUUUGCUCUUGUUUUUGCAUUGGGACUUUGCUUCCUUGGUAUCGUAUGCAGUUUUUAGUUGGCUGGGUUUAGUUCUUGUGCUUCCUCCAUUAUAUGUCUGCAGCAACAUCAAACGAGAAAGUU